AUGUCGGGGCCCCCAAAUUCACCUCAAAUUCCGGAACACACAAGACUUCUCAAUAUUUGCAAGGUGAUCCAAUCGAAUGGUCUCACCCCUAAGAAAUUUCUCCUUCGGUUCCUACAGAACAAUCAUGCGGCGCUGGCUGAUCGACGCAGACUGUGGCCGGCAACCGGCCAGGACUCAACGAUGGAGCUGUUGAAAGAGAUUGUUCAACAUCUCAAAAAAAAUCCGGAGGGUCGCAAGAAAUGGGCUGGAUAUGUUCAAGACGAGGCAAGUAGGAUUGCGGUAGAGAUUUCUGCAUCCCAGUCGCCACCCCGAGGCUAUUACCCCGAAGGCAGCUUUCAGAGCAGCACCCGGAUCUCAGCUGAAUUUUGUAGUGAAGCCGCCAGAAAACAAGACAACGAUCGAAUCAUGGCCAGCAUGCCAUUUUUAUAUCAACUCAUAUCCCGAGUAAUGCUACGUUCGGUUUCGGAUAACACUUCAGUCAAUGCCACCGAGGUUGAUGACCUUGGCCCAGAUCCAGAUAUCGAUGACCCGAUGGAAGCAGAGGGUUUGAGAAUGGAGGAGAUCACUUACCAUCGGCCUCCAAAUCCAUUAGCUCGUAAGGAACAGCGGGUAUCUGCUGUUGCGAAGUUGAUUUGCAGCAUGAUUGCUUUCUCUCGAAACCGUCGAUGUAAUGGACCUCAGUUGAGGAACAGCAUUGAAUUCCUAGCAUGUGGAAUUACUGAAAGAGUCAACCAAUGGCUUAUGUACCAUGGACUGGCAAGUAGCCGACAGACUGCAAUGAGUGCUCUGAAAACACUGUCAUCCUGUGCCCAGUUGAAUUUGAAAAAUGUGUUUUCUCGACCUUCGUCUGCCGUAGUCUCACCGAUCAUCUGUAUUGAUAAUCUCGAUAUUGAGCAACAUGUCCAUACAAACUCAAUUGGCCACCAGAGCCACACUUUCCAUGGAACUUGGGGUUAUAUCCAGUUCCCAUCACCUGAGCUCCUCAAGACCCUUGACACAUCCGAACUGACACUCGACUGUUUCAAGGAAGCUAUGAAGAAGGUUCCAUCCUUCCAGAUUGAACCUUCCAUGUUUCUCUCAACCCCCGAAUCUGAAAUAAGCUACAAGUCAAUCUGGAAGAGUCAGAUUGCCCGAGUUUUGAAUCAAUACGUUGCCCAACCCGAUAAGCGAGCGCAGGCCAUUAGCCUUGAACCCCCAGCUGUGGAGAAGAUUUCCUCAAAAGCACCCGACAUCCAAAUGCUUAAGCUCAUGGACGCCCCCGAGAAUAGUUCUGAGGGUAUGGGAAGAGUCCUGGAUGCAACAGCUCAGCAAACAGGACUCGAUCUAGAUCAAUUUUUUGGCCGCUUACAGCUCAUGGACGGCGAUUUGGCGACUUGUCGAAAUUUCAAUAGUCUUCGAUCUCUCCGUGUACCAAGUGCAUAUGCUCAUCAUAGCCUGCACAAUAUAUCCUUUCAGCUUGGUGCAUCCCACACUUUGUGGAACAUUGCAUCCAGCAUAUUCAAAGCCCACUUUGGGGAUGUGAAAAAUUCCAUGGACACCGGCGCUUGGCGAUGUUUGGAAAGUCUUGGGAUUCCUCAUGCAAAGGCUUUUCCAAAAAAAGACUUUUCACUAAUGAUAAAGCACAUGGAACAGGUGCAUGAAGCGACUAUCUUAUAUUGCAUAAAAACCGUCAUGGGCACUCAGGACCGACCAAUGACCGAACACGACCUUUCAAAAGGCCUUCCAAAAAUGCCAACGGCAAAGUGGAAUGCAAUCAUUGAGGAGGUCUACUUGCUUUAUUGUACAGGUGAAGCUCGGCACAAAGCUUCCAAGCGAGCUUCUCCAAAGCUUCAUAACAUAUUGAUCCGACUGGAAGAAUUUUCAACCGUUGUUGAGGCCAACCGGGCCAUGAAGGCUGGUGAUAUUGGUCGCCUCUUGAAUAUAUGGAAGAAAUGGAGUGUCAUGUCUCAAUCAUUGAAGGGCCUACGGAACUACUCAGCGUAUCUACCUCGAAUGGUUCUUUUGCUCACCGAGAUUCUACCACCUUCCCUAGCCAAACACUUCCGACAUUCACUCCUAUUCUCACCAAGCGGCCGAGAAAAUCACUUUGUGGCCAAGGAUUUCUACCUCGAGAUACAGAAUUAUUGGUUGAAAUUCUUCUUUAAUCAGACGGGUUCUGGGACUCAGAUCGAUCGAUUGAAAAACUUGUUCUCUCUGAACAUUCAACUGGUGAGAUUCAGUCCAACCUCAUCAAUUUCACAAUUUCUUGCUAACAUCUGA